ACGGAGCUCUUGGACCUUCUCUAGAUAUGAGGGAGGAAGGAAUGUUUUCGUUUCUUAUGGCUUUAAUCGAUGGGGUUCUUAUGUGAAAAUCUCUGUUACAAAGAAUGUUGCUACCAAUACUGUCAUUAUUCCAAUGGAUAGGGAUAACUCGUUCCUUUUCAGGCAUGCGCUUGACUCCUUCUAUGGUAAGAUUAUAGUCUCCAGCACAAACAAUUCGCAGGCCAAGGCGGAUGAUUCCUUUUCAGCCUCUGGUAAUGAUGAGAGAUCUGCUAAGGCACUGGCUUCCACUAGUUUCAAGGAGAUUCCUUCUUCUUCCUGCAACCAUGUCCCUUUCUCCUCUUCCAACACGGCAGAGAAAGCUUCGGACUCUAUUUUUCUAAUCAAGGAGGGGACCAAUCUUGAUCCCAAGGACAAGAAACUUGGAGACAUUUUUUCCCAACUUUGGAUUCAAUUCUUACAACUUAAUGUUGAUAAGCUUGCAGCUUUUAUAGAUGGUUCUGGUACCCUUGCUUCUGUAUUGUCCAAACUCAUUAGUAACGAGAAUGGUAAUCUUGUUUCCUUGGAGGAUCCCAUGGCUGCAGAUUCUCCUUUAGAGGCUCAAAAUACAGUGGAGGAAGAACCUGGUUCACCUAUCGAGGCUCAUAGUAAUUUGGAGCAAGCCUCUUCAGAUAAGUUGGCUUUGGUUGAAUCUUUUGCACCUAUACAGGCUAUUUAUCCUUUAGUGGAAAAUUCUCAAGAUGACCACUCCUCUGUUCGUGCUUAUCACUCUGAUUCUGAAAUUUAUGUAAAGGAGGACAACAUUGCGUUUCUACCUUUCUUCAGAGAUCAAACAGAAUUUGAUCCUAAUCCGGAACCAUAUAGAGAGUGGUAUCCUGAUGACGUUUCUUCCCCAAACAAGCUCCCCUUCCCCAACCUUCGAUUUUCUCGCAACUCCCUUUCUUGCUCGCCGCCACACAUCUUCUCGCCGGGCACUGCAACUCCAUCCGCCACAGGUUCCAAUAUGUGUCUUCCAUCAACGACCUUUUAGUAUUAAUUUUAGUGAGCCAACAACCCAGAUUGAUAACCCCAAAACCCCAAUCCAAAAACAGAGCCAAACUCUAAACCCAAACGUCAAAACCCAACCCUAAAACGACCUCCAAAAACCAGCACCGAAAACCAAUCCUCAAUGCAAAAGCCAAAGCUAAAAUACAAAGGUAAACUGUUCCAAUCCACGUGUUUCAUUGUCACUCAAUAUCCUCCUAGCCAGCAACCUAAAAACGAAAAAUGGUUAGAUAAUCACUGCCUCAUAAUAAGGGUGUGUUUGAUAG